AUGCCUAGCAUAUCUAACAUCCUGUCGCUGCCCUUUCGCAAAUCCACCCACCUGUCGCUCUCCUCGACGAUACGACAGUACAUCAACACCAAAUAUGACCAGCACCCAGACAUGUUCCGUCAGGACCUCGAGGUCAUUGACGCCCUGCGACGGGAUGCGGUUAACGUGAGGGAGCCGCACCCUAGUGGCGUCAAGAAGCUCCAGGCCUACGCGGGGCAGCUGGUGUGGAUCGGCGGCAAAUUCCCAAUUGACAUUGGCGCCGAAUUCACGUGGUACCCGGCCCUGGGCUACAACACCGAGCGACCGAUGGUGCGGAACAACCUCAAGUACGAACUCAUGAAUAUCCUCUACAACCUCGCCUCCUUAUACUCGCAGCUUGCUGUUGCGCAGUCGAGAGGUGGCGAAGGGCUCAAAACCGCCGCCGGAUACUUCGCCUCGGCGGCCGGGGUGCUGGACCACAUGCGGAAGGAGGUAUUGCCCGAGCUGCGCAUGUCCGACCCUCCCGAGGACAUGGAUGCCAAUACCCUUGAGUCGCUCUCGUACCUGCUCCUGGCGCAGUCCCAAGAGUGCUUUUGGCAGAAGGCCGCCAUGGACGAGUACAAAGAUGCCAUCAUCGCCCGACUGGCCGCCCGCGUGUCGGAUCUCUACAACUUGGCGGGGGAGGCCGCGAUGAAGAGCGAAGCUAUCAGCUCGGCUUGGAUCCACCACAUGAGCGCGAAGCACCAUCACUUCGCUGGUGCCGCGCAGUACCGUGCCGCGCGCGACUGCCUUGAGAAGAGGAGAUACGGUGAAGAAGUCGCCCGUCUGCAGGACGCUGUGGCCUGCGUCAGCGAGGGUAUAAAGGAGAGCAGGGGCGGCUACCUUAACAAGGCAGUGCUCGAGGACCUGAACGGCUUGAAGCGCAAGGUCGAAGAGGACUUGAAGCGGGCCGAAAAGGACAACGACGUGAUUUACCUUCAGCAUGUCCCGCCAAAGUCGGAGCUCAAGACUCUCGACAGAGCCAACAUGGCUGUUGCCAGAGUGCCUCUACAGGUGGCAAACCCUUUCGAUUACGUCGGAGAGCAGGCCGAGUUCGGCCCUGCACUCUUCACUAAACUCGUUCCUUUCUCUGUCCACGCCGCCAUCACCAUAUACGAGCAACUUCGCGAUCGGAUAGUUAACGAGAACAUUAUUGGACAGAUGGAGACGCAAACUGAGAAGCUUCAUGCCAUGCUGAGCUCCAUCAAUCUACCAGGCUCGCUGCAGGCUCUAGAGAAGCCGCUGGGCUUGCCCCACAGCUUGGUGCAUCAUGCGGAGGAGAUACGACAAGCGGACGCCAUCGGCCGAAUCCAACGAGCGUUCUCAGAUAUCGACAAAUUGCGAACUGCCGAUCUUGCGGUCUUCAAUGAAGGCAAGGCGAUCCUUGCUGCGGAAGAAGAAGAGGACAACCGAAUGAGACGCAAGUACGGCACUGAUCGGUGGUCAAGGCCCGAUAGUCGAAGUGACCCUCAGGGAAGCCGGUUCUGGGCCCAGGUGGCAGAGAUUGAGGGCUACUUUGCGAGCAGUACGAGCAGCGAUGCUGUCGUGAGGGACAAAUACAGGGAGGUGCAAGACAUGCUCGAGAUGCUCUCUGGUUCGGAUCGGGCGAUCAUGGACUAUGUGCCUUCCUCCAGGCGGAUGGACAUUCCAGAGCCCCUGAAGCCGGUGAUAGGAAGGCUUCGCGGAGCUUACAACGAUGUCCUCCGUCUCGAGUCCAAGAGGAGAAAGAAGGCGGACGCGCUGCGAGAAAAGGCCAGGACGGACGACAUCAAGCCGGAUAUCCUCAAGGAAGCAGCACGUCUCGAGAGGACGUACCCGACGACGGCUAUCGUCCCGGCGCACUUUGAGGACUUCUUUGAGAAGCGUCUCGACAAGCUGUACGACGCUGAGAUUGAGGCCGUCGCCAAGGAAGAGGAUGAACAAGAGCGACUGAUGUCGGAAGUGCAGAGAGUCAACCGGGAGUUUGAGAGUCAGAAGAAGAACUUGUCGAGUGGCAGCCGCGAGCGCGAGCAGGCGCUGCAGAGGCUCGACAACGCCUACUACAAGUACAAGGAGAUCGUCAACAAUGUCGAUGUCGGACGGAAGUUCUACAACGACUUGAGCAAGGUGGUGGGCCCGAAUUUCCGGGAUCCAGUCAAGGCAUGGGCUGCAGAGCGGCGGAUAGACGCCAAGAGCCUCGAAGAGGAGAUCAGCAUGCCGCCACUCGGUUCCCUCAGCAUCGGCAGAUCACCGGUCCACUCUCCGACCGGCUCAAACUACGACCCGCGGUCUCAGUCCUACUUCAACGCGAGCGUAGUCCCCGGCACCGCACCGCAGCAACAGCAGCAGCAGCAGCAGCAAGGCUCUGCUAGACACUCACCCGCAGAGGCUCAUAUCCAAUCAUGGGCCGGCUCGACUGUUGAGCCGCAGCACCCGAGACCUGGCGCCUCCAUGGCGGGCAUGUGGCAGCCCGACAUGGGCAUCAAGUUCGGGGGUCAACCCGGCGGCGCAUCGGUUCCGGCACCGGCAUCAGCCAACGGACAGCCGCCGGCUCAGAACAUGGCGAACCAGCCAUCGCAACAGCAGCCGCAGGGGGGCACUUGGAACCCCGGCUCCGGGAUCAAGUUCGGAUAG